GAGAUUCAUGUGAUUGGUUGUUGGUCGCGUUGCUCGAAUAAAAUCCCCAAGCUUCAGACACGCCCAGCUCCAAGCUUUUUUUGAAGCUGUAGUGUGGACGCUCCGUCAUACUGACGCCAGCUCCACAGGCCAUGGAGCUGUGUUAUAUCAAGAGCAAGAAGGAGUUAAGAGAGUAAUUGCCUAUGCCAGCAGAGGACUUUCCCGUAGUGAAUCCAAUUAUCCAGCUCACAAACUCGAAUUCCUUGCCCUCAAGUGGUCCGUAACAGAAAAACUCAAUGACUAUCUGUAUGGCAAUCCUUUCACAGUGGUGACCGACAGCAACCCUCUCACUUAUAUUCUAACAUCAGCCAAACUGGAUGCAACCAGUUGCAGAUGGCUUGCAGCACUAUCCACCUUUUCUUUUAAAAUCCUAUAUCGUGCUGGGAAACAAAGCGCAGAUGCCGAUGGACUUUCCCGCAGACCACAUGGUGGUCUCAUUGAUGAUCAGAAAUCAAUGAAGGAGAGGGAAAUAAUUUGGAAAUUUGCCCAACAGCAUCUGUUUGAUCCUGCUUUGAUCCCCAUUGAGCAAUCCACUAUACAAGCCAUUUGUGAUAGACAGCUCAUUUACAGUUCAAACGACAGCAAACAUACUAUCGCUCUUGUGCAGUCCAUGUCCACUGAUGUACUACCGGACAGUUUUGUAAAUGACAGUCAGUUUGAGUCCUCAUUCACUCCUCAGCUUACUGAGACUGAGAUAGCAGAAACACAAAGAGCAGACCAAACCAUCAGGCAUAUCAUCUCUCAAUUGGAACAUGGAGAAACAGUACCACCUACUUUGAGGGAUGAACUCCCUGAGUUGCCCCUUCUCCUCCGAGAACUGAAUCGUUUGGAGCUCCGGAGCAACAUUCUUGUUAGGAGGAGGCAAAUAGGAACUCAAAGCUCUCAUCAGAUUGUCUUGCCACCUGAAUUCCGUCACCAAGUCCUGACCAGUCUACACGACAACAUGGGUCACAUGGGAAUAGAAAUAACUCUAGACUUGGUUCGUGCCAGAUUUUAUUGGCCAAGAAUGUCCACUGAUGUCUACAACAAGAUACAAACGUGUGAGAGGUGUGUAAAAAGAAAGGCUUUGCCUGAAAAAGCUGCACCUCUUGUAAACAUUAGAACCACAAGACCUCUUGAACUUGUCUGCAUGGAUUAUCUGUCGUUAGAACCGGACAGAAGUGGUACUAAGGACAUUCUUGUCAUCACAGAUCACUUUACCAAGUAUGCCAUUGCUAUUCCCACACCCAACCAGAAGGCUAGGACAGUGGCCAAAUUUCUAUGGGAAAACUUUUUCAUUCACUACGGAAUUCCAGACAAACUACACAGCGAUUAGGGACCGGACUUUGAGUCCAGGACAAUAAAGGAACUAUGCCAAAUCACAGGAAUUCAUAAAAUAAGGACUACACCAUACCACCCAAGAGGAAACCCGGUUGAGCGUUUCAAUCGCACACUCUUGAGUAUGCUUGGAACCUUGAAAGAGUCGGCCAAAACGCAUUGGAAAGACUUUGUGAAACCCCUUGUACAUGCCUACAACUGCACAAAGAAUGACGUUACAGGAUUCUCGCCAUACGAACUCAUGUUUGGACGGCAACCACGCCUACCAAUUGACUUAGCUUUUGGACUACCUCUUACAAACAAACAACAUACAUCUCACUCUCAGUAUGUCCAAGAUUUAAAGUCUCAUUUGGAGGAAAGCUACAAGAUAGCAACUGGAAACGCAGAAAAUAUCAUGCAGGAGAACAAAAUAAGAUUUGACAAGCAUAUCAUUGCUGCUGAUCUUUCCGUUGGAGACCGUGUCCUCGUCAGAAAUGUAUGUCUGAAAGGAAAACAUAAGCUAUCAGACAAAUGGGAAUCUGAAGUGUAUGUUGUUACCAAAAGAGCUGGAACAUUGCCUGUCUACACAGUCAGACCAGAGAAAAAAUAUAGUCCCCAACGUACCUUACAUAGAGAUCUUCUUCUUCCUUGUGGGUACCUAUCUGCCCCAGAAAUCCCACUUCCGACACAAAUCCGCAAGCCCAUAACUCGUUCCAACACAGAACAUCUAAAAAAUCACGUCGACAUUGAUGAAGAUGAAACCCCAAUAUACUGGUACAGUGAAUUGCCCAUCUCUGAGCUUUCAAGAUUCACCACCAUACUUGACAUACCAGCAGAUCCCAUUAGUUCUCCUUCCAGCACAAUACUACCAACUACCAAUAGCACAGCCCCUGUUGGUGCAGCAGCAGAGGAUGCUGCUCAGAACCUCUCUGAACUGAAAAGAACUGGAAAGGAACCAGCAGAAAUUGCUAAAGAGGAACAAGCAGACAUUGCUGAAGAGGAAAGGGCCCGUUCCUCUGAAGACGAUGACUUGCCAAUCUCCACUUCAGACAAUGUGGAUGAACUUCCAAUACGUUCAACUAGGAACAGGAAACCACCAGAACGACUUCGCUACGCAAAACUUGGACAACCAGUAUUAGACACCUUCCAUACACAUUUUCAUGGGUUGGCUACUGCCUUCACAUAUGCCUUAACAGACACUGAGAUUCCCUUGCACACAUUGCAGCAACCAAUUAGCACACAACCAGGUCCAUGUCCGAGACGUACAUGAGAUCAGGGGGGGAAGUGUAACCCAGGUUAAAAAACCUUCAAUCCUAGCAGGCUCCUGUAGCUCAGUAUAAAUGGCAGCCAGGUCACUUCCGUUUCCUUUGCUGGUCGUUUGUGAUGCUGGUUGCUACGUUGAUGCUACAUGCUACACACAGGGAUUCCUCCACGAUUCCUAAACAGAUUAACGUUUGGUUAACAAUUGCUGCAAUCAGCGGUCAGGUUUUUUGUUUGGAUAUAUUUUUUUUGCCAGGUGCUUGCCGCACCUGAUGACCUUUCAUGGACCUUGAUGGCGAGCUAAGAUUCUAAAUCUAUCCUCCCUGCCACAUGGUGAAGUAGAAUUAAACGGAAAUGAAUGAACUUUACCCCGGAAGCUUUUCUUUUGUUGUCUUUUGCCUUUACUGGGCACCUGAAAAUAAUCAUGUGAAUUUGAAUGAACUUGUUGAUAUCUUGAAUACAACUAUUUUGUAACGCA